AUGCAUGAUCAAGGAAACUUGAACAAUGUACAUGACGGGAAAGGGCUCGUCGUCAUCCAUGUAGCUCUUUUCCGCAUGGCAACCCGGCCGCUCGCCGAAGCGUACAGGAUCCUCGGCUACGAGACUCACCACGGCGUAGAGGACAUUCUAGGCAAUCCAUGGGUUGAAAUUGAACAAGCCGCGGAGGCGACAUGGCCAACUGUGCCUAAUGCGCGCCCUAGGUCACGAUUUACACGAAGUGACUGGGACAACCUCUGGGGCAACAAGUAUGACAUAGUCACCGACUUGGCUUGCCCGUUCACCGACCAGCUGAUCCAGGCUUAUCCCGAUGCAAAAGUCGUCAUUGUUCAGAGAGACUUCGAAAGUUGGUGGAACAGUUACCAGGCAGGCGUGUUAGACAAGAUAUUCUCUCCAGGCCAGCAAAUCUUCGUCUUCCUCAUCAGGACCGUGAUAGGGUCGCGAGCCGCUGAUGCCAUGAUUAAAGUGAAUUAUAUACAUGCUUGGGGCCGCAUCAAAGUCAUCAUUAAGAGCGCGCUUGAUGCAGUAACCACCAUCGCCUUAGUCUUCUGGAGCUUCAGUCCCAGCGUCAAUCAACACCAACUUAGCGCGCGUCCCAUCCUGUUCUAUCAGUUGGAGAAUCGUGUUCAAAUACUUAAUGUCACCAUGUUGCACUCCGACUUUGAAAAGCUCUCGAACCCCUCGAACCAGGUCGAGAGGCUGCCCUAG